CUCGCACUCAAUCUCGGCCAUUCACUCGGUGGUUAGGCAAAGGAGAAGGAGCUCAUCGCCAGCAUGGUACAAGUCAACAUCCAGGGAACGGGGGAGCUGUUAAAGAAGACCCCAUCAGACCAGGAUGGCCCCAAGAAGCGGAGCACCGCAAUUGCCUUCAUGUAUGUCACCCUGGCCAUCAGUGUGGCUCUGUCACUCGUCAUCCUCGCCUUCUUUAUCAUCAAAUCUUCUCGAUUGGAGGCAGAAAUUGAAGACAUGCAACUCAAAGAUCUUCAAAUGUCAUCUGAACUGAAGAAGCUGGACAUGGAGCUCAGCAGAACGAGCUCUGAAACGUCCGCCAAGCUGAAGAACCUGGAAAUGGACCUGGAGAGGCAGGAUUCUCAAAUCCAAGACUUGCAGACCAAAGAUUCUGAAAUGUCUUUGAGGCUGAGUGACUUGGAAGACCAGCUGAGGGAAGUGGCUUCUGGAAGGGGACCAAAGACUGACGAUGGGCCAGUGAUGGAUGACUUUUUCCCAAUUUACCCCAAGCUGCAACCUCACCUGCCGGACGAUCCAGACUGGCGCAGCUUCAACGGGCACCACUAUUACUUUUCCAAGACAACAACCAACUGGGCAGAAGCCAAGGAGUGGUGCCGUUCCAGGGACUCGUACCUCGUGGUGAUCUCCAGCAGUGAGGAGAAGACAUUUAUCAGCCGUUCUAUGACAGAAAGGUCCUGGGUGGGCCUGAGUGACUCGGAAGCAGAAGGCGUCUGGAAGUGGACCACUGGAGAAUCGGUUCAAGGAAGUUUCUGGGCCAAAGGAGAACCAAACGAUGAUAAGAACAAUGAAGACUGUGGAGAGAUAAUGAACAAUGACUAUCUGAACGACUCCAACUGUGAAGACCGCAAAUACUGGGUCUGUGAGAAGGACUUUGUCAUCUGAAGACCUGCCGAGUCCUCCAAAGUCCCGAUGUCACGUCUUCUGUCUCAUUCUUUCUCAUGUAUGUCCUUCACUGAUUGUCCCCAUCCAUAUCUGGGGUGUCAGAGUCAGGAGUGACAAUCAGGCCAUCAUGACAACAAUGAAGGUGGCACCUGGACAGCUUGUGUUGGCUUUAGGGCCUCACUGGGACACCCAAGGGACACACAGCAGAAUGCCAUCAGCGCCUGCCUCAGAUAUCUGGUCACAGCACUCACUGGGGACACCAAACACAAAUGUCAUCGUCUCAAUCACAUCUCUCAGUGUCCUCUGCUGGAGUCCCAUCGGUAGGCCACUCAGUGCUCCGCCAUGUUCCUUUGUCUGUCACUGUCACUCCAUGGCCUGUCCUCCACAUUUAGUCACCUGUGACCUCUGCUUUUUGUCACCUGAUGCUCCCGGCCCCCUGCAGUGGUGCAGACCCUCGGUCUUUUAGUUUUGUGUUCUUUCUGAUUCUGAGCUGUUUAAUCAUUACACCUGAAACUGUAAUCCUGUAAAGGCGCUAUAAAAUAACGAUGGCUUAGCUGACUGCGUUCCGCGCGGAGCUUCUGAUGCUGCAUUUAAGAGCCCUGACUCUGUGGACCCUUCACUUGUUUGUUUAAAUGAACUUUUGUUUCUCAAAUAAACGUGAUUUUCAUCCUCGA